AUGACGUCGUCAUCUGCUUCGUGGAAAGAUCAGGAUCCGUACAGUGCACCGGGACCUCUUGGUGCGCGUUACGAUGACCAUCCUCUUCACCUCGAUAUCCAAUUAGUUGUCCCAGGAAUUCGACCCAAAAGUUUCUAUCGAGCAGCCAAUACUCAAGUCAAUAUAAAAAGUGAUCCAUUUAGUAUGAAAUGUGUAGUUGAAAUAGUAAAAGUCGACAAAAAGAAGACGCCUCCAGAGAAAUCAAUCAUCGAUCGAAGAUUCUAUGAGAUUCAACGAUUCCCCGCAGAAGUCGAAGACAUUUCAUGGAAACUGAAAAAAGAUUGUUGUCAUCUGACAAUCAAGAAGAAAGUUGCACAAUCAUGGGAGAAUCAAAUGUCACAAUUCGGAAUGACAUAG